CGAAACGGGACCGCCGAACCGCCCGGACUGGGAAGCGCGCGCUCGCACACACGGCAGAGUGACGACGACGCUUCGAGAGCCCGGACCACGCGCGCACUAGAAGCAGAGACGCCCCCAGUGAGCAGGCUAUCGGCAGGCAGGCAGCAGAGUGUCUAGAGACGGCCAUCCGAUUUUUUCCGUGUUUUGUUUUGCACUGCCCGUGCGUGCGUGCGUGCGUUUUUGUGUGUGUGUGUGUCGGUGCGUGCGUGCAUUUUGCUGCCUGUAGUGUGUAGUGUGUAGUGUGGGGCAUCGUUUUUUUUGUUUGCUGUUGUGUGGUCGGUUUUUUGUCACUGCUAGAGAGGAGUGGGCCAGGUCGUCGGACACAGUCGGUGCAAAAGGUGCGUAGAAGAGGAUUCAUCCGGCCCCCGGGGGACGAACACAGAGAGAGAGAGAGACACACACAAACGCCGCAGUAGAGCGGCCGGCGCCCAGCCAGUGUGUGUGUGUGUGUAGUGUGGGUCUGGCUGUGCUCGCCAAUUCCUUAGUGUUGUGUUGGGUGUGCGUUGCGUCGUCGUCGUCCGUUGGGAGGCGGGGAGUGGAGCCAGCACGCCGGUCCGUGAGUGUCACACUACGAGCACGAAAUUGUGAUUUUUUGGUUACACCUCCCGGCAAGGAAGGAAGGCAAAAACGUGUCUGUGUGUGCGCGUUUCGGUGAACAAGGACACACACCGGUGCGUCUGUGUGUGUGUGUCGGGUGACAGCAAUCAGUAAGCGGCCGAACGGACCUCCUGCUAUCAACCCCUGCCCUUCCAGAGUCCGUCAUCACGCAACCCCCCAGGGACCCAGCGACACGAGAAUUGCUCAGGUACGGUGUGCACAAAUUCCUCCAAAAAUUCGGUGUAUUAUCAACCAAAUCGGAAACAAUAAUCCUAGUGUAAAGAGAACGCGUGAAGAGGAGGAGGAGCGCCUGCUUAUAGCGUACACAGCCCCAAAGGCGACACCUCCUAGGAACCAAGAGCAAUAGCAUUUCGUAGCACUCUAAAGCAACCGCAGAGCAGAGAGUGAGAGAAGUAAAAAAACCAACAAAACUGCCUAGCACAAGCAUGGACGAUUUUUCGCUCGCGUUCGACGACAGCCGGCAGUCGCUGUCGGUGGCGACGGCGGCCACCACGCUCGCCCAGCUGACGUCCCAGUUCGACGAUCUGCACCUCGGCACCGGUGGUACGGACGCGACGAGCCUGCUGAGCGGGCUGGUGGGAGCCGGCGGGCUCGGCAGCAUCGGCGGGCUGCACCAUCACCAUCACACGCUCGCGUCCCUGGCCGCCGCCGCCGGUCCGGACGGUGGGCUGCUCGAUCGGCACCACCAUCACCAUCUGGGCGGAUGCGCCAACGGUGGCACCGGUGGUGGGGCCCCGGGCCACCAGACGCCCAACUCUACCAGUGCCGCGGCGGCCGCCGCCGCCGCCACCAACGUGCUGGAUACGUUUGUCGCGAUGGUCAGCGGGCUGACGGGCGUGUGUGCGGCGAACGGCGGCAGCACCAACGGUACCGUUGGCCCGACCGGGGGCCUCGGUGGCGUAGUGAAUGGCGGUGGGGGCGGCGGCGGUGGCGGUGGCGGCGGCGGCGGCAACCUCAUAACGAGCAACGGCGCGACCAACGGCGGCAGCGGCAAGCUCGAGGAGCGCCCGGUCAAGUACAAGUCGCACACGGAGUGCGUGCCCGUGCCGUCGUCCGAGCACGUGGCCGAGAUCGUCGGCCGCCAGGGGUGCAAGAUAAAGGCGCUGCGGGCGAAGACGAACACGUUCAUCAAGACGCCGAUCCGGGGCGAGGAGCCGAUCUUCGUCAUCACCGGCACGAAGGAGGACGUGACGCGGGCGAAGCAGGAGAUACUGUCCGCGGCGGACCAUUUCAGCACGCUGCGCUCGUCGAAGAAGCAGGCGAUCGCGCUGCUCGCGGAAAGCCGCAACAUGCUCGGGUACAGCAUGCCGGACGAGAUCACGAUCCAGAUCCGGGUGCCGCAGAAGGUGGUCGGGCUGGUCGUCGGGCCGAAGGGGGCCACGAUCAAGAACAUCCAGCUCAAGACGAACACGUACAUCAUCACGCCGAAGCGCAACCAGGAGUCGGUGUUCGAGAUUACCGGCCUGCCGACGAACGUGCACACCGCCCGGCAGCUGAUCGAGGAGCACAUUGCGACGCGGGCCGGCACCACCACCUCCGGCGCGGCUGGCGGCAAUGGGGGCGGCGGCGGCGGAGGCGGAGGCGGUGGGGGUAGCAGUGGGGGCAGUAGUAGUAGCAGCAGCAGCAGCAGCACCACCAGCUCGAGCGGCUCGUCCACGUCCUCGUCCGGGCAUGGCAUUGGCCCGGGGGGCGGUGGCGGCGGCGGCGGCGGUGGUGGUGGGCUGAGCCGGUCCGGCUCGUCCAGUGUGGCGAGCAACGGGGGCAACGGGCCGGGCCUCGGCUGCCUGUCCGGGAGCGUGACCGGCAGCGCGGGCUCCCUCAUCGGAGGCUUCGGCGGCGGCGGAAAUGGUCUGCUAAACGGCAACCAAUACCACCACCAUCACCAACAUCUGGAGCAGCAGCAGCAGCAGCAGCACAGCAAUCACCAUCAUCUGCACCAUCCGCACCAUCAGGGGACGCUGCUGAAUGGCGGAAGCCUGUCCAGUGCCUUGAACGACGGUGGCGGCGGGUGCGGCGGCACCAACGGUCUGCUCGGUGGCAUCGGCAGCGAGCACGACUUCGAGGGCAACCAGUUCAUCAUCGACAAUCUGCUCGAGUACUUCAACAACAUGUCCGGCACGAACCAGCAGCAGCAGCAUCACCACCAGCAGCACCACCACCACCACCACAACCACCACGAGCCGUACCUUUCGCCCGGCGCCGGCGGGACCGGGAUCGGCGGCGAGCACAUACCCGACUUCCGCAGCAUCUGGGAGAGCCUGAGCGAAAGCCAAACGUCCGGCACGACCACCGACAACUCGGACAACUCGUCGCUCGUCUGGACGCUGCCGUCGUCGCCGCGCAACUCCGUCUCGUACAGCCCGGACGAUUUCAUCUUCCAGCGAUAGGAUGGUGCCGCGGCACCGAACCCCCGAGCCACCGGGAACAGCAACUGAAGCAAUACGGCCGGUGCAAAGAGGGGGAGGAGGAGGAGGAGAACCGAUAUCAUCCGCCCGCACACUACGUUUUGGAUCCUUUGAACGGUGCAGGAAGAGAGAGGAUCGCUCAAAGCGCUACAAUUCUCGUUGUACGAUCGUUCCCGGUUUGAGCCGCUCGAAUGGUCAGAGGACGUAUGGCGCCGGAGCCUGCUCUGUCUGUGCUGUGGGGUUACUGUUUUAAUUUGUGAUUUGCGAGCGCACGAGAUACUGUUUCGAUUGUAUGUUUGUACCUUUUUUUUUAAAUUUGUUUGCCUUUGUCCCCAUUUGGAGCCAUUGUGUUGUAGUUGCUUUUAAAUUUUUAGAGCUUUUUGGGGCGCAAUAGCGUCCGUGCAUAGCGUCGAGAGGAGAAAAGAAACCAAAAGGAAGCGCCGCCUGAGCGUUUUGUGUGUUAUUCUAUAAGACUCUAAGGGAUACAGAGAGAGAGAGAGAGAGGAGAGAGAGAGAGAGAGAGAGCGAGAGAGAGAAAAGGUCGAGGGGAGCACAAGACGGCAAUGGUUGUUUGUUUGUUUUUACACGCGUGUAAUUAAGUUUUGUUUUUAAAAUAAUUUAAAUUAAUCUUUAAGUUUUAUAUUUGCUCAUCUUGUUCGCUUUGAAGCAAGCAAAAUACCGAGAAGAUGAGGAAGAAGAAGGAAAAAGAAGCGACACAGCAUCCCAGUUACAUUUGCAAAGUCCUAUGAGAGCAUGAUGGAGGGCGGUUCUAAUCGUAGUUAACACAGCCCCGAGUGGUCAGCAGCAGGCAGGAGCGAUACACCCGGUACAUUUACACAUACAUAAUUAGCACAAGCGCAUUUUCCAGACCAUGAGGCAAGGCGCGUAUAUUAUUAAAA